AUGGCAGACGAGGAGGCCCAGCAGCCCACCCUCGAGCCCGUGUCGAAGCCGCUGGCGCUGAUCCCCGUCGUGAUCAAGGAAGCCGCGCUCGACUCGCCCACCUUCCGCGCCACGGCCGUCCACUUUGGCGACCAGAUGGAGCUCGUCGAGCGCUGGCUCGACUCGUACGUGCGCGCCACCUCGCGCCUCGCGGCGGAGCUCAGCACGCUGCAGGGCAUCGUGGACGCGCACGUGCAGGCGUCGCACCCGCCGCUGCAGCUGUCCGAGGCCAUCAUCGACCACGACUACACGGUGCUCGCGCUCCGGCGGUUCGGCGAGGGCGCGCGCGAGUACUGGAACAGCGCGUGCCGCAGCAUGGCCAGGGCCGAGAGCAGCGUGUGCGAGCCCCUCCGCGCCUUCCUCAACAACGACCUGCGCGUGCUCAAGGAGGCGCGCAAGAACCUCGACGCCACCCAGCGCACCCUCGACGGCGCCGUGGCCCGCUAUGCCGGCCAGCCCAAGGCCAAGGAGGCCUCGUCGCUGCGCGAGGACGCCUUCCAGCUGCACGAGGCCCGUCGCGCCUACCUGCAGGCGAGCAUGAACUUCUGCAUCCUGGCCCCGCAGGUCCGCCUGACGCUCGACAAGCUGCUCGUCAAGCUGAUCCACGAGCAGUGGCGCGACCUCAAGGCCGCCAGCGACGCUCCGACGGCCGCCUUUGCCCACGGCAACUCGGACGUCGAGCGCGUCCGCGGCUGGAGCAAGGAGAUGGAGAACGGCGAGCGCGUCUUCAAGCGCGAGCUGCACCUCGCCCGCCACCAAAUCGAGCACGCCGCCGAGCUGAGCGCCCGCCCGUCCCGCGACCUCGACGCCUACGCCGCCUCCACCGUCGCCUAUCUCGGCAACCCAGGGCCCGCCGCCGGCCCGCCGCCCUCGCCCUCGCCCGCCAAGCCCGCCGCCCCCGCCAAGCCCGCCCCCGCCCCCGCCGACGAACAAGCCGAGAAGCAGGGCUGGCUCUUCCAGCGCACCAUCACCGGCAAGCCCGCCAGGACCUACUGGGUCCGCCGCUGGUUCUUCGUCAAGCACGGCGUCUUCGGCUGGCUCACCCAGGCCACCCGCUCCGGCGCCGUCGAGGAGUCGGACAAGAUUGGCGUCCUGCUCUGCGGCAUCCGGCCCGCCUUCCAGGAAGAGCGCCGCUUCUGCUUCGAGGUCAAGACAAAGGACACGACCAUCCUGCUGCAGGCCGAGACCCAGGCCGGCAUCACCGACUGGAUCUCCGCCUUUGAGCUCGCCAAGCGCAAGGCCCUCGAGGACACCUCCAAGGACAGCCCCGCCGCCCACGCCUCCGUCGAUGCUGCCUUCUCCAUCAGCCCGCCCGUCGCGCCCGAGUUUGCGGCCAAGACGUCCGAAGGCCACGCUGCGCACCCCAGCGACGACAUCACCGCCCUCGACCGCGCAGAGACGUCUCUGGGCCUGCCUGCCGGCGAAGCCUCACGCGCCGCCAGCAUGGACGUCUCUCGCCGGGGCCCUGCCUCGGACCGCGACGGCGACCUGGGCCGACGAGACCACGCCGCGCGCAUCAUGGAGAAGCUCGAUCUGUCGCGCAAGUCCACGGCAGGGCCCCAGCUGAGCGGGAGCAACCCUUCGUCGGCCACCGGCGGCAUUGCUAGCCUCAUAUCCGCCAGUCUGGCCUCGGCCAGCCACAACAUCGUCCAGGUCGGGCAGAUCGCCGCCCCUGCCCCAGGCCUCCCCGACACCCGCCUGGUCAUGGGCCAGACGCUUCCUCACACGAGCCUCUCUCCCUCCACCCUUGCGAACCCGCCAGCCCCGACCAACCUCAGCAAGGCCGCCGUCGCCGUCAGCGGCGAGCGAGGUCUGGGCAUCGGCAAGUCCGGCAACAUGCCCGGCGGCCUCAUGGCCAACCUGUGGGGGUCUGUGAAUUGGGGAUAUGUCAACAAGACUGGCAAGCCCGACGAGACAGCCACGCGCGAUCGCAGCCUCUCCGGCCCACCGAGUCCCGUCAACCCGCCUCCGGGAGAGCCGUUCGCGUGGAAGACGGAGCGUGCAGCAGCGGCCUCGGACGCCUCCACAAACCCAAAGCCUGCAGGCCCCGCUCACCGAAAGACGAUGAGCCUGGGCGGCGACCUGACCAGGCCGGACACCUCCGAAGGAGACUUCCCCACCUUCUACCCUCUUGCCCUCAGGAUGCAGGACGCACAGUUCCGCAUCCUCUUCCCCACGGUGCCGCGAUCCCAAAAGCUCGUCCUCGUCUUCCGUGCUGUGUGGAACCCCACCGAGCAGCAGGAGUUCCCCGGUCGUGUCUACGUCACCACCAGAGACAUCUACUUCUACAGCAACCACCUCGGCCUCGUCCUCAUCACGGGAAUCGACAUGGGCCAGAUCGACGAGGUCACGGCUGCACCCGGCAAGGACUGCGACUUCCUCUUCCUGCAUUUCAAGACGGGCGCGAGGGAAGACGGCGCGACCAGGGUCACGGUCAAAACCUUCCUCGAACCUCUCAAGCUGCUGCAGCGACGCCUCAACUUCUUGGUUCGAAACGCAACCUCGGGCGAACACAAAAUGGACGAGGUCGUCAAGACACUCAUCAGGAUGGAGGCGGACGACAGCCAGCACUCCGCGGGCGAAGAAGGCUGGGAGGACAUAUCCCCAGACACGCCCAUGGAUCCUGGCUACGGCGGGAAGAACAUCAAGACAAGCCUGCGCAUCGACGGCAAUCUGUUUGGACCGUCCGGCGUCCACGCCAGCAAGAGCACAGCCAAGUUCAAGUUGCCAUCCCAGCCCGUCUUGUUUGCUCCUGCCGGCAUGACGCGAGUCGCGGUCGAGAAGGAGUACGAGAUCAGCGCAAAGGCUCUCUUCCACAUCCUCUUCGGCGACAAGAGCGCCGUCUUCCAGCUCCUGUACAGGGAACGCUUGGCGAAGCGCAUCGUACAAGGGCCUUGGACAGCCACGGACAAGACGCAUCAGCGCAGAGACUUUGAGUACGAGAUCGCACAGCCCGGCAACAGCGGAGCGACCGCUGUCAUCAACGACUACCAGAUCAUCGAGGUGCUGAAUGACCAUCUUUGCUACGUCGUCUCGGACAGAAAGACGCCGUGGUACUUGCCAGGUCACGAGCGAUUCGUGCUCCUCAGCAAGGUCGUCAUCACGCACGUUUCCAAGGCGAGGUGCAAGCUCGCUGUUCACACCAAGAUCGACUGGAAGCGCAAUCCGCGCAUUGCGAAGAAGCUCAUCGAGCGUCAGGGUCUCCAGGAUCUGGAGCUUGAGUCGCAAGAUCUCGUCGACGUCAUCAACGACCAAGUCGCUCGUCUGGGACACAACAAGAGCACGGGAAAGGUCACGAACAUCUUCGGUCAGAUUGGCGUGAGCACACAAGCUGUGCAGAUGAACGCAGCAGACAUCCCACCGCCCAAUCGCCCACGCAAGUUCAAGCUGCGGCCAACCACGACAGGCUCCUUCAUUGCGCAGUACGUAGGCAACGUCAUCAUCAGCCUCCUGUCGACGGUCAUGAGCUGGGUGCUCGCCAUCGUCACCGGACUCGGCGGCGUCGUCUCUGCACACAAGCUGCUAGUCUUCUUGCUGCUGUUGAGCGGAGGAGCCAACUUCUUCUACACCUCCAGAGACAGCUGGGCCUGGUGGAACGAGCGCAACGCCGCAAGCUACAUGUCGCGUCUCGGAGUCGGUCCGCCCAUCAGCCUGACGCGUUCCGUCUACCUUCGCGACAUCGCCGACGCCUUCGCCCACCCCAACGACACCAGCCUUGACCUCGCCCUGCCCACCGACGGCGUCUCCGAGAACAGAUGGUAAGUCCGUGCUCCACCUCCCGCAGCCUCCUUCUGACCACAACCAGCCACCAAACCUUCACCCACCUCCUCGACCACCCCUCUUCCGCGUCCCCGCACUCCUUCUACGACCCCACCACGUCCAGCCCGCGCCGUCUCGAGCGCACCCGCCGCAACCUCGGCUCGCAGCGGCACGACCUGCUCGUCGCCCUGCGCGUCGUCAACCGCAUCGAGGCGGAGGUCGUGCACGCGGCGUACGAGCACUGGCUGCUGGACGAAACGCACAAGUGCGUCCGUGUGGGGACCCUGUUGGAUGGUGCGAACAAGGGCGAUGGGAACGUCCAGGCGUGGGUCAAGGGGUAUUGCGGGGAUUGCGAACGCAGUCUGAGGGCGGUAAGAGAGGGGCGCCAGGGCCUGAUUUGA